UGGGGCUCGUCGGUCCACGGCUUCCCCUCUCCCGGCUACUGGAAGAUGAAAGAGACUCUACAAGGCACCGGGUCUUGGGGGCCUGAGCCUCCUGGACCCGGCAUAGCCCCAGCUUACUCAAGCCCUAGGCGGGAGCGUCUCCGUUGGCCCCCACCCCCCAAACCCCGACUCAAAUCAGGUGGAGGGUUUGGGCCAGAUCCUGGGUCAGGGACCACAGUGCCAGCCAGACGCCUCCCUGUCCCUCGGCCUUCUUUUGAUGCCUCAGCUAGCGAAGAGGAGGAAGAAGAAGAGGAGGACGAGGAUGAAGAUGAGGAAGAAGAAGUGGCAGCUUGGAGGCUUCCCCCCAGAUGGGGUCAGCUGGAAGCCACCCAGCGACCUCGCCCUUCCCGUCCUACUCAUCGAAAAACCUGCUCACAGCGCCGCCGCAGAGCUAUGAGAGCCUUCAGGAUGCUGCUGUAUUCCAAAAGCACCUCGCUGACAUUCCACUGGAAGCUUUGGGGGCGCCACCGGGGCCGGCGGCGGAGCCUUGCACACCCUAAGAACCAUCUUUCACCCCAAGAAGGGGGUGCAACACCACAGGUGCCAUCCCCUUGCUGUCGUUUUGACUCCCCCCGGGGGCCACCUCCCCCUCGGCUGGGUCUGCUAGGUGCUCUCAUGGCUGAGGAUGGGAUGAGAGGGUCUCCACCAGUACCCUCUGGACCUGCCAUGGAAGAAGAUGGAUUAAGGUGGACUCCAAAGUCUCCUCUGGACCCUGACUCAGGCCUCCUUUCCUGUACUCUGCCCAAUGGCUUCGGGGGACCACCUGGGCCAGAAGGGGAGCGAAAUCUGGCACCCCCUGAUGCCAGCAUCCUCAUCAGCAAUGUGUGCAGCAUCGGGGACCAUGUGGCCCAGGAGCUUUUUCAGGGCUCAGAUUUGGGCGCUGCAGAAGAGGCAGAGCGGCCUGGGGAGAAAGCUGGCCAGCAUAGCCCACUUCAGGAGGAGCAUGUGACCUGCGUGCAGAGCAUCUUGGAUGAAUUUCUUCAAACUUAUGGCAGCCUCAUCCCCCUCAGUACUGAUGAGGUGGUAGAGAAAUUGGAGGACAUUUUCCAGCAGGAGUUUUCUACACCUUCCAGGAAGGGUCUGGUGCUGCAGCUGAUCCAGUCAUACCAGCGGAUGCCAGGCAAUGCCAUGGUGAGGGGCUUCCGAGUGGCUUAUAAGCGGCAUGUGCUGACCAUGGACGAUUUGGGGACCUUAUAUGGACAGAAUUGGCUUAAUGACCAGGUGCAUUUCUUCAACAGUUUCUUCUAUGAUAAACUCCGUACCAAGGGUUAUGAUGGUGUGAAAAGGUGGACCAAAAACGUGGACAUCUUCAAUAAGGAGUUACUGCUAAUCCCCAUCCACCUGGAGGUGCAUUGGUCCCUCAUCUCUGUUGAUGUGAGGCAACGCACCAUCACCUAUUUUGACUCACAACGCACCCUAAACCGCCGCUGCCCUAAGCAUAUUGCCAAGUAUCUACAGGCAGAGGCAGUGAAGAAAGACCGGCUGGAUUUCCACCAGGGCUGGAAAGGUUACUUCAAAAUGAAUGUGGCCAGGCAGAAUAAUGACAGUGACUGUGGUGCCUUUGUGUUGCAGUACUGCAAGCAUCUGGCCCUGUCUCAGCCAUUCAGCUUCACCCAGCAGGACAUGCCCAAACUUCGCCGGCAGAUCUACAAGGAGCUGUGUCACUGCAAACUCACUGUGUGAGCCUCGUAUCCCAGACCUCAAGCCUAUUUAUUAAUGGGCAGGGGAACAUGGGAGACCCUUCCUUCCCAAGAAACUCCAGUUCCUUUCCUCUCUUGCCUCUUCCCCACCCAAUUCCCUUUGGUUUUUCAUAUUUAAAUGUUAUAAUUGA